AUGCCACAACUCAACCCUGCCCCUUGAUUUAUAAUAUUUGUCCUAGUAUGAAUUACCCUUAUUAUAUUUUUUUCAAAAAUUAUUAACACUAACUCCUAUUUCUUAAACCCACAACAUAAAAAACAACCAAAUAACUUCUACUGAACCUGACCAUGACCCUAA